CGGAAUUUUAGUGCAGAUUGUUUUACGAUACGUAAAGGUGUUGUUGGUGUUGCGUGUGUUGUGUUGCUUCCCAUUGUUCCCAUUUAGCAAGAACGGUUGUGGCGAAGAUAAAGUUGGACAGUCAUCCAAACUCAUCUGCCAACUCAUCUGAAUUGGCAGAUGAGUUUGAUGCAGAUUCAAUACAAACGAAGAAAUUCCAGCAAAGAUUUGAUUCAGAAGGAACUUCUGACAUCCCUGAUUCUCCCAAAAACUUAAUGUCUACGGAGUCAUCUAACACAGAAUUAAACUCAGAUUGUACUACAGAAGUUGUAAGAAAAAGAAAAAAGUACAAAAAAACUUCACUUCCAUCUUUAGAAAGACAUUCUGUGAAUUUAGAUUUUGACCAAGAUAUAAAAACAAUUCUAAACAAUAUAUAUCUUAGAAUGGACGAAAUCAGCAGCAAGCUUGAUGUAUCAAUAAUAAAUCAAACAAAAUUAAUGACUUUCCUUUUGCCUCAUGAGAAAAAAAUAAAUAGACCCAAUAAUUUACCUGCCUUACCUCUACAAUCUAUAAAUGAUCUUCGAAAAUUUGAGAAAUACUUGAGAGAGCCAGAAAAUAUGUCAGCUACGAUUAAAUAUAUUAGUUUUUAUGGAAGUGAUCCAGAUGAAACAAAAGCAACGAUGAAUGUGAUAAAAAAAUUAAUGUACAACUGUUUGGCAAAAAACAUAAAUUUUAAAGGUCUUGAUCCCAAUUCAUCAAAAAUUCCUCUUGAACAAUGUCAUAUGUGGGACCUAAUUCAAGGUGCUGUGAUGUGUAAUAAAAAAGAAAAUUGUGACAUUAAUAAACUGAAGAGAGCAUGUCAAAAUUGGUUGAAGCAAGCUCCACAUCGGAAGCAAGAAAUUGCAUAUAUUCCUGUUAAGACUCCUGACGCCUCACCGAGAACUCCGUAUUGACGGUAGUAACGUUUCGUCGCGGACAAAAUUAGAGCUAUAGUAGAAACGUGACAGAUUGACGACGAAAUGUUGUGUAUGUCAUUCCAUUAUUAUAUAUUCCAUUGUGAAAAUUUGACUUAUCUCAUAUUUACCAAAUUUGUAAGAAUGGACCGCAAGUAAAGUUUCUUUGAAGUAA